AGGUUCUGAACAGCCAGGCUGCCCUGGCAGCCACGGUUAUGUUCACUCCCCUCCCCCAUCAGUAAGAACUCAGGAGGCCAUGUUGCAACAGAGACCCAGUGUUUUCUAGGGAACCAAUGGAACCAGUGCAAUCACACCUUUGGAUCCAACUGCUCAGCUAUGAAUCAUGCCACUGCCUUCUGGGGGCCCUUCGAUAAGGCAAGGCCUGCCAGCUUCCCGUUACAACACUGCUGCGAAUGCCCUGGCUGCUCUUGUGGAUGUUGCAGCUUCUGCACCCCAGAUGGAUAUUUCCAAAACAAGAGAUGUCUUCUCAUAGGUACAAAACACCUAGUGAUGCUAUUGAGGUGAUAAGUCCUGCCGGCUCACCUACACCACCCCAGGAAAAACCACAGGCCUAUCAGACAGAGAUGGUUAAAGCAAAUCAAGCAGAAAAUGAGUCCACUCGACAGUAUAAAGGACCACUGCAUCAUUAUCGGUCCCAGCAGGAGCCACCAUCUCCACACCAGCAACCACCACUGCCCCCAUCUACCCAGUCAGAGGGAAUGAGACAGGUGCCCAGGACCCAUCGACUGAUCACACUUGCUGACCACAUCUGUCAAAUUAUCACACAAGAUUUUGCUAGAAAUCAAGUUCCCUCGCAGCCUUCUACUUCUACAUUCCAAACUUCACCAUCUGCUUUGCCGUCCACACCCGUAAGAACUAAAACAUCAAGUCGCUACAGCCCAGAAUCACAGUCUCAGACUGUUUUGCAUCCCAGACCAGGUCCCAGAGUCUCUCCAGAAAAUCUUGUAGAUAAAUCUCGGGGAAGCAGGCCUGGAAAAUCUCCAGAGAGGAGUCACAUCCCAUCAGAGCCCUAUGAACCCAUCUCCCCACCCCAAGGUCCUGCUGUGCAUGAGAAGCAGGACAGCAUGCUGCUCUUGUCACAAAGGGGAGUGGACCCUGCUGAGCAAAGGAGUGAUUCUCUAUCCCCAGGAAGUAUAAGCUACUUGCCUUCAUUCUUCACCAAGCUUGAAAGCGUAUCACCCAUGGUUAAAUCAAAGAAGCAGGAAAUUUUUUUGAAGUUGAACUCCUCUGGUGGAGGUGACUCUCAUAUGGCAGCUGCUCAGCCAGGAACAGAGAUUUUCAAUCUGCCAGCAGUUACUACAUCAGGUGCAGUAAGCUCAAGAAGCCAUUCUUUUGCUGAUCCUGCCAGUAAUCUUGGUCUAGAAGAUGUCACCAGAAAGGCUUUCAUGGGAAGUUUCGAUGAUAAAGUUGAAGAUCAUGCUGUUGUCAUGCCCCAUCCUGUGGGCAUUGUGCCUGGUAGUGCCAGCACCUCAGUUGUGACUAGCAAUGAGACACGGAGAGAUGAAGGGGACCCAUCACCUCAUUCAGGAGUGUGCAAACCAAAGCUGAUCAACAAAUCAAACAGCAGGAAGUCUGAAUCUCCUAUUCCUGGGCAAAGCUACUUAGGAACUGAAAGGCCUUCUGUCUCCUCUGUACAAUCAGAAGCUGAUUACCAUAGGUAGACACCAGGGUGGGCCUCAGAAGACUGGCCUUCCUCAACAGGUUCUACUCACUUCCCUUACAACCCUUUGACCAUACGGAUGCUCAGCAGUACACCAACACUGAUUGCAUGUACCCCAUCUGCAAUCACCCAAGCAGCUCCGCAUCAACAGAACCACAUCUGGGAGCAGGAACUUGUCCCGCUUUUCUCUUCCUGUGUAAUUAUAGGAAUAACUCCUUGACCAGUAUAAGCCAUUUCUCACUUUCCUUUCUGAUGGC